AUGGAGGUUUACAUAGAGGGUUUGCACGCGGACUUGAAAGCAGUCCACGAGAAGCUGGAUACGAAGACCGUCGAGGCAUCCACAGAUCGAUCCCAGGGAAUUGGAGCAGGAUCGCUUCCUCCUGAUAUCCGUGAAAUGCUGAACAAGAUCUUAGAGGAAAGAGAAGCAAGAGAUUCGCUUGCCUUCGCUCCGGUGGACGAAGUGAAACGCCUUUCGAAUGUGGUGAACGGGAAAGUUUCGUGGAGCGAUUUCCAAAAUGGUUUGCGCCGAAUCGACGAAAUGCGAGUCUUUCUCGAAACGGCCGCCGAGAAGGUCUUCAUUGGUCACAAACAAUUCGUUCUGCAGGAACUAGAUAAGAAGGCGGACGCUGAGGCAGUGAACUGGGGGUUGAGAGCUAAGGGAGACGAACACGAAGUGAAAGCCCUCCGUGCACGAGUCGAGCAUCUUGAGCGCCUGCAAGGAGCCUUGUUCCGAGAUGUUGAGUGCAUACGCUCUGAAGUGAACUAUUUGACCGAGAGAAUGUCGCCUGCCGUAGUGAGAAACACUACAGUUUGCAAGAUCAUGUGGGAUUUGCUCGGGCUCAGUGAUCCAACCGCAAAGCGGCUGUUGACCGAAUGCAGUGCUCCCCCGGAUCCUCUGACGUUCCCGAAAACCCCAAGAAUUCCUGGACCCGAGCGAGACAACCAGGAGGGCCCUCAAAAACGGGGAGAUACCCGUGGGAGAAGAGCUGCCACGCCUCUGCUGCUGUUGCCUUUUGGCCCUUCCUCCGACAUUGUUUCUGUAGGCCAUAUGGGUGACGAUCUGAACUUGGACUGCGAUGCGUAUUGGCUGCGGCACUGUGAAUUUGCAGACGAGUCCUGCAAACGCGACGUUUUGUUGCUACCCUCGGAGAAACUCGAGAUGCUGACCGAAUUCGCUGACGGCAUCACCAAGAAAACACAGAGGGAGGAGGAGCGGCGCCUCGCAAACCUGGACUGGAUGGUGAAGGAAGUGUUGAAGGUACACCCCGAACACACUUGGAUUGCGAGAUGA